AUGGAUUCAAGGUUUUCCUUUCCCCAGUGGCUGUGCGAAGGAAUGAAAGGUCUGCAGCAAGCUGAGGUGGAAGGCUUGCAGGUUACCGUGCCUGAGAAGAAGAAGGUGGCCAUGUUGUUUCAGCCUGCUCUGCUUCGCUGCCAUUUCUCCACUUCUUCUACCCAACCAGCUGUGGUGCAGUGGAGGUUUAAAUCUUACUGCCAGGACCGAGUGGGAGAAGCUUUGGGGAUGGCGACUUCUGGUUUACAAACCAUGAGCAAGAGGAACCUGGACUGGGAUCCCUACUUGGACUGUGUGGACAGCAGGAGGACAGUCCGAGUUGUGGCCUCCAAACAAGGAUCUGCUGUCACUAUAGGGGACUUCUAUAAGGAAAGAGACGUCAGCAUUGUCCACGAUGCAGACCUUCAGAUUGGGAAGUUGAUGUGGGGAGACAGUGGGCUCUAUUACUGCCUUAUUAUCACACCAGAUGAUGUGGAGGGCAAGAAUGAAGAAUCGGUGGAGCUGCUUGUGCUUGGCAGGACAGGGCUGCUUGCUGAUCUCUUGCCCAGUUUUGCUGUGGAGAUUAUGCCAGAGUGGGUCUUUGUGGGCCUGGUGAUCCUGGGCGCAUUCCUGUUCUUCCUCCUGGUGGGGAUCUGCUGGUGCCAGUGCUGCCCACACAGCUGCUGCUGUUACGUCCGCUGCCCCUGCUGUCCCGAGUCCUGCUGCUGUCCCCGGGCCCUGUAUGUAGCAGGCAAAGCAGCAAAAGCUGGGUACCCUCCUCCAGUCUCUUCCAUGCCAGGUGCAUACUACAUCCCCAGUGUUCCUGUAACUGGUGUCCCAUCUCCUGCUGUGUUGAUGGAUAAGUCGCACCCUCCUCCCUUAGCCCCAAGUGACGCCAGCGGAGGAAGCCAAAAUGUGCGCAAAGGGUACAGGAUCCAGGCUGACAAGGAAAGGGACUCCAUGAAGGUGCUGUACUAUGUGGAGAAAGAACUGGCUCAGUUUGACCCAGCUAGGAGACCGAUGCGAGAACGAUAUAACAACACCAUCUCUGAACUCAGCUCUUUGCAUGAAGACGACCUGAACUUCUGUCAGCCCUACCGUCAGUCCCGAAGGAAACCUCUGCCUCCUGCCGGGGACCUGGAUGGCGAUGCUGAAUACUGGGCUGGAGUGGUGGGUGGGGGCAGCACGUCCAGAUCACAGGCUGUCUCUGAUUACAGAGAUGAGCGGGACACUUUCUGGCACAGCCAGCAGAGAUCCAAGUCCGAGAUGUUGUCCCGUAAGAGUUUCUCUGUGGGAGUGCCGGCUGUCUCCAUGGACGAGCUGGCAGCCUUUGCAGAGUCCUACAGCCAGCGGCCGCGGCGGGCAGACAGUCAGGAAACACGGCGCUUCGAGCGCUCGGAGUCGCACGGCGGCCGCAGUGGAGGGCUGCCCCACCAGGAUGGCUCCAUUGAGGAGUACUACACCAAGCGCAGCAGAGGGAACCGGGAGCCGCUGACAGACUCGGAUCGGGGCUGGUCGUACAGCCCACCCCGGAGACGGGCCCACGAGGAGAAGCACCUGCCCAGGCUGGUGAGCCGGACGCCUGGAGGGAGCCAGAAGUACGAUCACUCCUACCUCAGCAGCGUGUUGGAGAGGAAAUCCCGGAGCUACGAUGAGAGCGGUGACCGUAGCGAAACUCCCUCGAAGCUGAGCUCGCAGCCCAGCCAGAGAGGAGGGGGAACGUACUAUGCGUGGUCACCCCCCUCUACCUACAAAGCCGAGAAGUCGCAGCAGCAGUCGCAGCAGUCGGCAUCAUCGCCCGAGCAGGAGGAAGAGGAGGACACCCUGCCCCCGUACAGCGAGAGGGAGCUGAGCCGAGGCCCUUCGUACAGGGCCAGGGAGCAGGCCUACCUCAACGCCUCUGACAAGAAGAGGAAAAAGGACCCCAAGAAAACAAAUGAUUUCCCAACGAGGAUGUCCCUCGUAGUUUGA